CUUCUGAAUUUGCCACUGCUAGUGGCUGGGAGGGGAGACUGCCCCAAGGGCUCUUUGCUCGUGAUGGACGCGUGGGGAUCGGGCCCAGCCAGCUGCGUCCGCUUGCCUUUCCCGGCUUCUUGGAAGGAUAUAAAGGCGAGCUGGGAGGGCAUGGAACCGGAGUGUUUGGCUGCUUACAAAGGCUCGCUUGCACGCGGCGGGUUUGGGUUGGCGAAGAGGCGUCCCCGUUGGCAGGUGUCGGCCUCAUGGCUUUGCUGUGCGCCCUGGUGCCGCUGUUGGUUUUCGGGGGUGCGUCCGCGGGGACAGAGGAGGACGACGUGGGCUGGAGGGAGCGAGCGGUGGGAGCUUCCCAAAGUUGGGGGCAGCGCGGGGAAGCGAAGGGCACCUGCUGCCCGCCUGAGGACAUCUGGUUGGACAAGCAGCCGCCCCUGUCCCUCGGCCCGCUGGAGCGGAACGCCGGCUAUGGCCGAGUAGAGGCGAAGGCCGGCCCCGAGGCUGAGAAGCCGGUUGACUGGGACUUCAAUAUUGUCCUUAUCAUAUUACUCAUUGGUGAACUUGUUUGCAUUGGACUCUUCUUAUACCACCGCAAAUUCCAACGUUGCUUGUGGUCCUGCCUUAUGCGAUGCUGUCGGUGCUGGCACGAUCACCUUAGCUCUCCUUCAAGGACCCCUCUCAAUAACUCUCCUCAGCCCUAUGGUGCCUGCGUAUCCAUAGUUCCAUCAUCCUCUGCUGCUGAAGGUUCGCGGAGAGUCCGAUGGUCCCCUCUUCCUUCAGAUGAUGCAUCGUCUGUGCAUUCCAGUCGUGCGGGUGCUGAAAUCCCCAGGAGUGAAGGGUUCACUUUGUGUCCUGUGACUCUUGCACCUAGAACUCAUUGUAGUCCUCAUCACACCCCGGAGGCUGUCUUUGGGGAAGACAUGGUCUAGCCAAUGGUGUAUUUGGUCCCCUUCCAAGUGAGAGGUGUGGUGCACCUGCCAAAGAAGAAUCAUGCUCAGUAGUCCUAGAUCUCUCUUAGGAUCAGGGAACUGAUUUAAUGUUUUGACUAGACUGCUUUUAACUGUAGUGACUUACUUUCCCAAACCUGUGCUUCAUACUUUUACAGACUAAGAAGCUAGUAUGUCAUGGUGACAUCUAUAUGCUAAGUCUUUACUAUGCCAUGCCCCAAUCAAUGAAUUGCUUUAGAGCAUGGACAGGGAACCUGGUGGCCCUCCUGUUUAGCCUCCCAUUAUCCCUAGCCAGCAUGGCCAAUGGUCAGGCACAGGCUAAGGCUAUUCUAGUCCAUUAGCACAUUUUCCAUCCCUGCUCUAGAGGAACCAGUCUUGGAGAUAAGCCAUAACCCCAUAUAUAUGGAUUGUUACAGUGUUGGUGGGGUGAGGACAUGGGAUCUACAAAAAGGAUAUUUCACAUCAACCUUUUCCUGUGCAGUCACUGGCGGUAAGUCAACAGGACGUGUACAAAUACAUGUAUGUAUACAGUUUUGCAUGUGUCCUUGAACUGCAUUACUAAAUACUCUGCCCAGAGAAUGGCAAUCCCCGCCCCAUCUGUUAACAUUGACCCUUGACAGAGAAAGAAUGGGAGCCUUCUAACUCAAAAGGAAAGUAGUGUGUAUAUAUGUGGGGCGACUUGGGUCAUGUCCAAAGCAUAGUUGCCAUUGGCAGUGUCAUGGUUGCGUGGCUACCAGGCCUUUCCUUUCAUGGGCAGAGCUAGUUCUUUGCUGUCAGUUGUGGCUCAGCAGGGAGGCCACUGAAUAGCGGAAGCCUAGAGACUGUCCCUGAAACAUACUCCUUGCACAUGACCAGCAAAGAGAUGACCAAAGUAUUGUUAAACUGCUACAUGAAACUCGCUUGGAAGGGAGAGACCUUAGUAUUUUUAAAUCUGUGUGGGAUGUACGCUGGGCUCUUUUAUGAUUGAUUGAAUACCUAUUGUCAUACGCCAGAAACAUGUCUUCACAUUUACUGUGGGAUUACAUGCCACGUGAAACCCCAAGACUACUUUUAAUCUUGCAAAUUGUUUGACCGCUUCUUCAAUAUUAACUCCAAAGAAGCAAAGCAGGAAAUAUAUACCACCUGCAUGGAAAUCCUUGUGGGAUGCAAGAAGCUGUUUUUACCUUGCUUUUAGCAGAGACGCUUGUCAAAUGAAUGUUUCCACAUGUAUGUGCCAAAGCACUAAUAAAGUUUGUACUUUUCUGAUAA